AUGUUUACACACUAUACACUCGCUUUUGCAGCUGCAGCCUCCUUUUUGAACAAAGUCGUUGCUAUCGAUUGCAACCCAAUCGAAGAGACGGAUUGCGAUUCCGACGCUGGCCUCACGUCGUCCACUUACUCAGUGGACUUCACCGGUGGCGCUGACGACGACAACUGGGAGUCUGUCGGUGGUGGUGAUGUCGAGUACACGGAUUCCGGUGCUGAAUUUACCAUCACUGAGCAAGGCGAUUCGCCUACUCUCCAAACCUCGUGGCAUAUCUUCUUCGGCCGCGUCGAGGUUCACAUGAAAGCCGCCUCCGGUACUGGAAUCGUCUCCUGUGUUGUUCUUCUCUCCGAUGACUACGAUGAAGUGGACUGGGAGUGGCUCGGCGGAUAUCCCGAUGAAGUUCAAACCAACUACUUCGGCAAAGGUAUCUCUACCUCUUCGGGUGGUGACACAACCGAGGAAGUAGACGAUGCUCAGGACACUAGCCAUAAUUACACUCUCUACUGGACCGAGGAAUCGCUGAGUUGGUAUCUGGAUGGCAGCCUCCUUCGAACUCUCAACUACGCCGAUGCUAGUAAUGGUGACGAAUACCCUCAAACCCCUUCCCGCGUCAAGUUAGGCAUCUGGGCUGGGGGCGACAGCGAAAACGCUGCAGGGACCAUCUCAUGGGCUGGUGGCGAAACAGAUUAUGACGAAGGGCCCUUUACCAUGAUCGUCGAAAGCGUCGACAUUACCAACUUCAACCCGGCUGAGAGCUAUACCUACAGUGACCAAACUGGUGAUUAUACCAGUAUCGACUUUGACGUCGCCUCUGACUCGGAUGAUGACCCUGAUACCACGGCCAGCACAACCACUCUCACCACUUCUGCCUUUGCAGUUUCGGCCUCCAAAGACUCUCAUACCACCGCCACUCCUAUCGCCACGGGGUCUGCGAGCCAAGUCUCCGGUGACAACAAUUCCGACACGAGCAGCACCGGCAAUAGUGAGGAUGAUCAGAUGUAUUUGAGAUGUUCUGUAGCGUAA